CGCGCCGGACGUGUAGUGCGCAAGAUACACGUCCGGCGGCUUGUCACGUGACCGCCGGACAUGGCCGGACGGCUAGUAGUUUUUAUAAUUCCAAACGAAGUACGGUUUAGUACAUCUUGUGUGGUCUUGUGGUAGAGUGGUUGCUUGACGAUAGGGUUGCUCUAUACCGGGGAUAGGGUCGUUUUUUUUCUUCCCAUUUUAAUUAAAAUAUUUUGUAUAUAGUUAUAUUAUCAUGUUCCUCAGCAACAGUAGUUUCAUGAGAAGUUUUUUAAUAUUUUGUAGCAAUUGAAAUAAUUUAAAAUGAAAUCUUUAACUUUUAUUGGUUGCCACACUGGCCCCUAAUUUAUUUUAUGGAUUACUGGUACACAAAAAAUAACAAACUAAACAAAAAUGUUUACAAGUUUCUUUUUCUAUUAUUUGCAUUCAAGAUACUCAGUACAUUACUUGGUAGAGAAAUAGAUUUUAAAAUUAACAAUAGUUUUGAAUUAUUCGCAGUCACGUGACAAGGCUGACCGACACGAUAUCUCUCGCCACUUUGUUACGGCGGUCAUGUGACUUGGUCGCCGGACACAUAGUGCCGGAGAUAGACGUCCGGCGCGCCGGACGUGUAGACACUGCCUACAUUAAAAAGCUAUAGUUCUCAGACCUGAUUGUUUUAUUGUGAUUUUAUUUAAACUGUAAGCUACGUCACCACUCGGCUACAUAAAUAUAAUAAUAUUAAUAUUAAUGAUAAAUAAGUGUAAUAAUAAAUAAUAAUAAUAAUUAAAACUUAAAAUUAAAACUAUUAUUAAUAUUAUUAAUAUUAAAAUUUUGAUUACUAAAUUACUAAUUUAAUUAUUACUACUACUACUGUAAUUCAUAAUGAUCAUCAUUGAAUCAUUACAUGAUGAUUUAAUGAAGCAAUUAUAUUAUAAUUAGAAAAAUAACAGUAACAGUAAUAUUUAGUAAUUACAUUAUUAUUAUGAUUAUAAUAAAUUAUACUUAUAGUUUAUACUUCCUUCAAUUCAAUUAUAUUCUUGUCAAUAAUAUAAACAUUCUUAUAACUAACUUAGAUCAAUAUUUCCAUCCAAAUUUGAAAUUAAUAGUAAUAGUAGUCUCACUCUCACUAUCAUAAUCAUGUUUUUUUAAUUUACCACCACAACCACCACUGCCACCACAUACAAGUCUUGACUUAAACCAAACUACCAUACAUAGACAUUGACAUAGAUAGAUCAUGAGUACAUUAGUUACCACCGGACCACCUGAUAUCAUGAAUUUUAGUUAAAGAUAAGCCUGCUUAAGUUGUCUAUAUUUUAAUGUUUAAAAUAAUUAUUUUCUUUUUUUUUCAGCCAAAAGUUAGAAAGAGUAUAAAAACAAGAUUUAUUUCACUUUCACUAAAGUAAAAGGCUGCACUACAGAUAUUGAAAUUAACCACAUAAUUGUAUUUGAAAAAAUGACAUCUGUAGGCCAAAAUGAUACUGAUUUCUGGCAAAACAAAUGCAAAGAACUUGAGAAAGUCAUCAAAACCUUAUCAAACCAUUGUAUGAGAGGUAAUCAGCUUACACUUACUUAAUGAAUUCUACUUAGUCUUAGUGAUUUAAAUUGAUUAAAUUAACAAGAUUAUGUAGAUUUUCAAAGUUUUAAAUCAGAAUAACAAUAACUAAUAACAUGCUAUCAUAAAGAAUAUUGAAAGUGAAGCAAUUGCCAAUUGCAAUUUUGUAGGUAAGCCUAAUUGUCAAUAUAUUUAAUCAAACUGGAGCCUUCCCCUCCUAAGCUUAAGUAUUAAAAAUUUCAUUUUAAUAUAAUCUGUAAAUGAUAUUUAAUUAAAUUAAUAAUAAAAAUCAAUAUUAAAUUAAAAAUAAGCAUAAUAAAAAUUACAAAUCUAUAGCCUAAAUUAACAUAAUUUUUUAUUGCCCAUGAUAGGAUUAUUUAACUAUUUUCAUCUUAACUUUUUGUGUCAAAACUUAUAUUUAUAUAAUAUAUAUAUUAUUUGAUAUGUGAGAUAUAAGACAGUUGAUUCUAGACCCAGGUUUAGCAAAAUCUUUGUGACUUUUAAUCUAUGCAAUUAAGCGUUAUCACAAUCCAAGUACAAUUUUUGCAUAAGUUUUUUUUCCCCCUUGAUUGAUAAUUGAUAGAAAAAAAUGUGAUUAACAUUUUUUUGAAUUGAAAGACCUUUUCUUAUACUUCCAGUGAUAGAUAAACAUGAAGAACUACUAGAUAACUACAAGAAGAACCAAAGUCAGGUGUGUACAAACUUAUAUAUAUAUGUGUGUGUGUGGUUAAGUUGCUGCCAUUUAUGUGAGUAAUGAAAUUUUUUUUCAUGACUGGAGAUAUGUAUGGCAUCUUUCCGUCUGCGGGAGACGAUAGAUUAUCUUGCUUGCUUGAUUUGCUUGCAGCUGUUGGUGUGGCUGGUGAGACCAAUCCUCGAGUGGCAGUCUCUGUUGCAUUUCCCACACACGAAUGCGGUGGAACAGUAUUUACCGGCCUUCCUCCUCGCUCUUUUUGCAGCUGUGUCCGACCUGUUUUGCUCCUUGGCAUGUAGUGAUCCUGCCUUCAUGAUGCCCCGCCAUGAGGAUCGAUCCUCUGCCAGCUCCUCCUAGUUUGAGAUGUCGAUGUUGGCCGACUUCAUGCCUCUUUUGCAUAUGUCUAAGUAUCUCAGACGAGGCCGUCCAACUAACCUUUUCCCUGUCGCCAGCUCGCUGUAUAGCACGUCCUUUGGUAUGCGACAAGGUUGCAUUCGCUUGAUGUGUCCAAGCCAGCGGAGGCGUCUUUGGAUUAACAUGGCUGAGACGCUACACAUGUUUGUUUGGGACAGGACAUCCGUGUUGGGGACUUUGUCUUGCCAUUUAAUUUCAAGGAUGUGGCGCAGGUAUCUGAGGUGGAAGCCAUUGAGCCUUCUUUCGUGGUUAGAGUAUGUGGUCCAUGACUCGCAUCCAUACAGGAGUGUGCUCAGUACGCAGGCCUGUUACACCUGCAGCUUAGUUCUUGUUGUGAGUUUGGCGUUUGACCAGACUCUUAUCUUCAGUCUGGCCAUAACAGUUGCGGCCUUCCCUAUCCUUCCACUUAUCUCAUCCUCCAUUGAGAGGGUGAUCAAUAUGUUGGAUCCCAGAUAUGUGAAUCUGUCAACAGUAUCCAAGUCGUAGUUGUCGAUGGCGAUAGUGGGGAGGGAGUCAGCGCCCUGCGUCAUAAUGUUAGUUUUCUUUAGGCUAAUUGUCAGGCCAAACUCUUUGCAGUGCGGCGGAUAGGCUGGAUACGAGGCUCUGCAAGCCGUCUGCUGUAUGAGAUACCAAAGCGGCAUCGUCCGCAAACAAGAACUCCCGCAGCAAGACCUUUCUUGUUUUAGUCUUAGCUCUAAGGCGGGCAAUGUUGAAUAAUUUCCCGUCAUCUCUAGUGUGGAUGUAUGUCCCCUCGCUGUUGAUUUUAAAGGCAUACUGGAGUAGGAUUGAGAAAAAGAUUGCAAAUAAAGUAGGAGUCAGCACGCAACCUUGCUUUACUCCACUACUCACUGGAAAAGAUUCUGAGGCGGCACCGUUAGAGCACACUGUGCCCUGCAUGUUUUUGUGGAACUGCUUGAUGAUGUUAAAUAAUGGAGAUAUUUGGUUGUAGUUUUCUUGGUAAACAAACAAUUGUUUCAGUAAAUCAUGUAUGUUUGUAAAUUAAUAGGUCCUUUUUUAAUUUGAUCUGUUCGUAAGUUAGAGUUAGUUCAGUGUUCAGAAAAAAAAAAAUUAUAUUGAGCAAUGGUUAUUUGGUAAUAGUUAUCUUUUUACUGCUUAGCAGCUUACCAUUUUCUUUUUACCUAAAAAUAGCUUUGUUCCAAACUAUUGGUAUUAAAAGGCAUUAAAUUAAUUAAUGGGUUUUUAAAAUUAUCUUAUCUGUUAAAAUAACCAAGUACAUAAGAUCCAAACUUUUAAAAAUCAAUAAUUUAACCCUCCCACUUACUCAUACUGCAUUGAUAGAUCCCUAUUAAAUAUUUAGUAUUUAUAGGCCUGUUAUUAACAAUGUAAUGUUUUUGUUGUUUUCUUAUAGUACAAUGUCUUAGUACAAAAGCUGAAAGAAAAGGGGGAACAAAUAAAAAAAGCAAAGGAAGGUUAGUAUAUAAAUAAAAUCUAUUUAAUAGACAUUUUAAAUUUUAUAUUUUUUCAAUUGAAUAAAAUAGAACAUUAUUUAAUAAUUUAAAUAAUUUAUGGAUUUUGUUACAAAAGCCUUUGAUUAUGUCAGUCGCAAAGGGCUAUUCAAAACAGUGGUAAAAAUCGGCUGUCCCCCUCACGUACUUGCCAUCAUCAGAGAGUUCCAUGAAAAUAUGCAGGGCACAGUGCAGUUCGAUGGAGCCAAGUCAGAAGCCUUUCCAGUCAGAAGCGGAGUUAAACAAGGUUGUGUACUCGCACCAACACUGUUCGCAAUAUUCUUCUCUGUACUACUUCGAUACGCAUUCAAGGAUAGCAGUGAGGGAAUCUGGUUACACACCAGAGCUGAUGGAGGACUUUUCAACACUGCCCGUCUCCAAGCCAAGACCAAAACGACAGAUGUCCUAAUUCGCGAGCUACUAUUUGCAGAUGAUGUGGCACUAACAGCACACAGAAACUGGUUUGCAACAACUGGUGUCAAGCUUCUCCAAUGCCUGUAAAGAAUUUGGUCUGCAAAUCAGCUUGAAAAAGACAAACAUUAUGGCCCAAGACACUCGACCUCCACCUAACAUAAAAAUCGAUAAUGAAAACUUGGAGGCUGUGGACAGCUUCACCUACCUGGGGUCCAAGGUCUCCAAUACACUGUCCAUUGAAGAAGAAAUUAACUGCAGAAUUGGCAAGGCAGCUGCCACAAUGGCUAAACUAAAUGAACGGGUCUGGCAAAACACCAAGCCUCCACCUAACAUAAAAAUCGAUAAUGAAAACUUGGAGGCUGUGGACAGCUUCACCUACCUGGGGUCCAAGGUCUCCAAUACACUGUCCAUUGAAGAAGAAAUUAACAGCAGAAUCGGCAAGGCAGCUGCCACAAUGGCUAAACUAAAUAAACGGGUCUGGCAAAACACCGAGCUAACGGAGAAAACUAAACUGUGCGUCUAUCGAGCUUGUGUCAUCAGUACACUACUAUACGGGAGCGAGACAUGGACCACCUAUACAUCCCAAGAGCGCAAGCUUAAUAGCUUCCAUAUGAGAUGCCUGCGUCGCAUCCUUGGUAUUAAAUUAAAAAAUUUAUAAAAAGUCUGUUUUUUUGGAUUAAUUGAGAGAAAUAGUAGAGUGUUAGGAGCCAUUAGACAAGAUUAAUUUUACAGCGCCCCCCCCCCCCCUCCACCGUUAUCCUUCUUUUUUUAACUCUGAAACCUAUUAUUUUAUUCAAUAAAGUAAUAAAUAUCAAACAUUUUUUGGCGUCCCUAACUAAUCUGGCACCCAGGAAAAUCUGCCCCACCCCCUCCUGCCAGCUACGCUUCUGGUUGAAAUAUGUUAUAAAGCUCUACCUAAUAGCGUGAAUUUAAAAUGUGAACCAAACAAAAUAAAACCAAUACCUACCAGUUGGCUAUUAAUAGACCUACAUCAGAAAAGGUUUAUUUUAAGCUAUUAUUAUUACAUGAGAAGUAGGCUACCCCAGCAGCACAUUAUAUUGGACCUAUAUUAAGAUUUAGGGUCUAUAUUUGUGUGAACUAUUGGCUAUAACUAAUUAUCACCCUCACUAUCAUUUUUAUCCUUUUUCUCUUGCUCUCAGUAUUUCUUCCUUCUAGUAUGCAUCCCUUAUGCCUAUUUAUUGAAAUAAUGUAAACUCGAUGCCCACAAGCAAUAAAUUGAUUGUGGGCCCUUAAGAUAUAGAAGCAUCUCCGCCGCCAUUUUUCUAAUCGACUACUAGUGGCCACUUGAUAAGGCUAACGGAUAAAUAUUUCACGCAACUUUGUUACCGCGGUCAUUUGAUGUGGUCACAGGUCGAAUAUCUCGAGAACUUAUUUGUCUGCUUGCCGCACGUGUAGAAACUUCGAAAAUAAAAUUCAGCCUGGCUGAGAAAUAAUUUUAUUGUAAAAUUGUUUGUGUGCUAAUUAUAAUAUUAUUUUGGCAUUUAACAUAUAGGUCUAAUUAUGUCUAUAUUACCAUUAUAAAAGUUUUAAUUUAGUUUCCGUACAUGAAAUGGCAAGAAAAAGUGACUAAUAGUGAGGUCCUAAUGCGUGCGAAUACCCAAAGCAUGUUCACAAUCCUUAGUGAAAGACGCCUGAGAUGGCUAGGUCAUGUUAAAAGAAUGAGUCCCGGCCGCAUUCCGAAAAACCUCCUAUAUGGUGAACUUGCUUCGGGAAAGAGGAAAACAGGUCGCCCACGUCUGAGAUUUAAAGAUGUCUGUCAAAGGGACAUGAAAGCAGCCAAAAUACAUACCAGUGACUGGGAGUAUAAGGCAGAAGACCAAUCUACGUGGCGCACAGUUGUCAAAGAGGGUGUCAUGGUAGCCGAGGAGCGAAGAAUGGAAGAGGCUGCAGACAGAAGGGCUAGGAGAAAGGCCAAAAUAUUUAGUAGCACGGAACUCAUGUGUAUAAAUUGUGGUAGAGACUGUCACUCAAGGAUAGGACUGCACAGCCACUCGAGAAAAUGCAUCCCAACCCAACGGUGAUGCACCAUCGUCUCACGAGACGGAUGGAUGCCGAUGAAAAAAAUUUUAUGGAUUACAAUAAUAUUGCAAUUAAUAAAACAAACCAUUUGAUCAAAGCUACGAUAGAAAUCAAUUUUUAAAAAUGAAAUCAUGAAAGUUAUGAAAGUACUAAAAUUUAUUUAAAUUCCACUAUUGAGCUCUUGGUAUUAAUCAAGUGUAUUAGGCUGUCAUGGUUAGAGGAAAAUAUUUCAAGUAGUUGUUUAUUUAUUUGACUAUGAGAAAAUGGCUCUGUGUAUAUAAAUAAUACAUUUCAGUUCUGGGACCAGUGACACAGGAAUAUGAGGCUCUCAGAGAAAAGUAUGAAAUUGCUGUGCGCUGCCAAUAUGAAGCAGAGCGCUUUGCAACUCAGGUAUUUGAUACUUUUUAUUUUAACAAUAGGAUUAUUGAAACAGUAAUUUCAUCUAUAAAGUUAAAAGUUACGUUUCAUCUGAUAAAUGUCUCUCAUUGAAUCUGCUAUGCAUUUUUAUACAUUUUAUUAAAACAAUUGUUAAAAUCUACAGGUGAACAGCAAAAACAAGGUUUUAAAACGUCAAAGUCAGAUGUUAUUGGACAAAGUUAGUGGUUUUAAUGUUGUUGAGUUCAAUUUUGGCAAUGAGGAGGAUGAUGAUGAAGAAAAUGAGUACAUUAAAAAACUGAGCUUACAAGUUGAAGGUAAAUCCAUUUUUAAAAAAAUAUAAUUCUCCAACUUUUCCUUUGGGUUUAUUUCAACUAUAUAAGCAAAAAUUAGUUAUUAACAUCAACUAUUAAUUUUUAAUGUGAUCUCUCUCUAUGACAUCGCUAAUAUGAAAAUGAGGUUCUAUUGCCACCCAAAUUAACAUAUUCUAAUGAUAUUUUGUUCGUAGAGCUUGAGGAAAAGUCAAGCACAUUGUAUGCAGAACUUAAAGAAGUGCAAACUAACUAUGCUAUUGAACUAGAUAGAAACAAUGAAAUGCAUAAGCAGAUUGAAUCCCUGAAGAAAACUAUUGCCAAGUAUGAAGAAAAUGUGGCACUCUUGACCAAGACAUCUGAAGCUGCAUUCAAUGAAUACAAACAUCUGGAGGAACAGUAUGAGAGGGAGAUAACUGAUCGGGCUAAUGCUGAAAAGAUUGCCCAUAAUGUCAGUAUAUACAUGAGAUUUAUUUUAACAUACUAAAAGCACUUUAUAUUUUUCAAGUUAAAAAAAUAUUUAAUUAUUUGGCUUGAUUAAAAUCCUGUUUUUUUUGCCAGUGUGAGGGUGUUUGAUAGACUAGCUACUUUAAAAAAUAUUUCUCACCAGUCUUAAUUGCAAAAAUCUAUUUAAAAAAGUGUUAAGCAAUUAUGGUUAAUGUUUUUUUGAGGGGGGGGGGGGGUAGGAGUUGUUGUUCAAAGAGGGGGCAAAAAACUAGUCCCUUUUCUCAAACUUAAAUUUAAAAUUUAAAAAAUUAUAGACUAGCUACUUUAAAAAAUAUUUCUCACCAGUCUUAAUUGCAAAAAUCUAUUUAAAAAAGUGUUAAGCAAUUAUGGUUAAUGUUUUUUUGAGGGGGGGGGGGGUAGGAAGUGUUGUUCAAAGAAGAGGCAAAAAACUAGUCCCUAUUCUCAAACUUAAAUUUAAAAUUUAAAAAAUGAGUCCAUGUCUUCUCCAACUUGCUAAUGCCUCUUUACAGCACUAAGACUGAUAAGAUCGCUGUGAUAUGCUAGUGUUAAUAUCCCUUUGUAGUUUAGUGAGGCAGAGUAUUGCUUGGAAGCAUUUUAAAUAAACAUGACAAAAACAUUGCCUUCCUCUUUCAGUUAUAUGGAGAGAGGGAAGCAGCCAGAAGACAGAGUGCUAUGCUAAUGAAAGAUAUUGCAGGGGAGAGGAAGCUAAUGGAAGCUCUUAUUGAAAUUGAAGAGCUAACCACCAAAAUGGAAACCAUGAGGAAAGACUUUGAGUACAAAGUAAAAGAAGGAAUUGUUUUGUCUCAAAAGUUUUUGUAUCGUAUCACGAUAUAUUAUUUUAUCAUAAUAUAUCACUAGUAUCAGUUGAUCCAAUGAUUUAUUUAUCCCUGCUUUCCCUCAAAUGUUCUGAGAAGGUACAAACUUGAAAGUCCUUAUAUGUGCUCUAUGUUUGUUAAAAUCAAGGAACAUAAUUGUUUUACUGAUUUUGGAGACCAGAUUCUGAUUCUAAGGGAAGAUAAUAAUUUUAAAGCUGUCAAGGAGUGAAGUUAAAAAAUGGGUUUAUCAAAAUAUUUUGCACAAAUUCUGAAUAUGAAUUUUGAGACAAAGUCUAAUUUAUUGUAUGCAAUUUUAUUAUUAGUCAUUAAGUUUUGUGAAACAAAAACAAAUUUCUUUCAAAGAUUCAACUUCUGGAAGAUCAAUUGAAAAGUGAGACAGAUAAUCCUACCUCUCAGUCUUUGGAGGGUGAAAACUCAUCUCUACUGCAAGAAAGAGAUUCACUACUAAUGAAACUCACUGAGGCUGAAAAGGCAGCAGAAGAUCAGAGAUCCCAAUACUUGUUAAUCCUUAAAAAGUGUUAGUGUUUUAUAUGAUUUGUUUUUUAAUAUUGAUAGUUUUUGCCUCAGAUAAAGUGAAAAAAAAAUGAAUAACAUGACUUGUCAAGGGUCAGUUACUUUUGUCAACUGUUGUCAAACCUAAAUUUUAGCAUACAACUAUUUAUAUAUCAUAUCAAAGAUCAUAAUCGAUAAUUUGAUUGAAAUUCAGUGAACUACUCAUUAGUGGUGCUACUAAUUCUACCUGUAGGCAUACACUUUUUUUUUAAAAGUUACAGUUUAUAGGCUUUGGCCAUUUCUGAAAAUAAUUUUUUAAAAGGAGUUAACUAAAACAAACCAGUGGGGAAAAUGUUCAGGGUAAAAUUAUUUACUUGAUAUGAGUGCAUGAAAUCCUGUAAUAUAGAUUAUAAGAAUUGCUUCCUUAAUGCAUUUGCAGAUGAAGAGCUUGAAACAAAAUAUGAAUAUGCUCUUUCACCUCCACCACCACCUGCUCCUCCACUACCACCUCAAAUGAGUAAAUCAGGAGGGUAAGACUCCUAAAUGUAUACCGGUAUAUAUUUUACUCAGAUUCUGUAAAUAAUUUUAGACAUUAUAAAUAUUAAAUUAUCUUACAUUUUAAUGAUUUUGCUUUCUGUUUGUUCAGAUUUCUGGCAAAAAUUACAGGUGGAGGCAGAAAAAAACAGAAAGAACUCACUCAGAAACGAUGUAGGUAUAUUUAUUACGAGGUGAUUCCACCCAUUAACCCAUUUUUCUUCCCUUUUUCUAAAAUGAGACCUCUCAUCCAAGCAAUUUUUUUCCAGUUGUCUGCAUCCCCCCCUCGCGCCCCCCCCCCCCCCCCCAAUAUAUCAGUUUUCUAGUAGCCUUUUUAAUCUGAUAAAACAUUUUUUUUUCCCAACAAAAAUGUUAAGUUGUAAUAUUUAUUAUAUGGCCUGAUUGUAAUUUAAUCUUUCUAAAUGUUCUUUAAAAGUGCAACUGGGGGGUGCUGCUGUUAAUAAUGACUAUUCCAAGGCUGUUGAUGAGAUGAUGAAACGUAUCCAGCAGGGAAACAUUGGCCUUAGACCUGUCCUCAAGUCACGAACGGUAACAGCAUCUUUCAUUUAUUAAAUUUGUCCCUUCUUUAAAUGACAUUUAUUUUACAAUUUGUUCCCUAUUAAUCAAUAUUGUUUAUGAUAAUAUUUUGUUAAAUUAUCAGAAAUGUUUGACUGAUAUUGUUAACUAUACGAUAAUUCAAUUGGAACUGAGAGGAAAAAUGACAAUGUGAAGUUGAAUUCUUUUAUCCUUUUAAUUUUAAUGCAAACAAUUUUGAUUUUAUUCUAGUUUCACUAUUUCACUGAUAAAUAUUUUUCUAAAACAAUUUUUCUCCCCUUUUUUAUUAGGCGUCCUGUCCUGACCAAGAUGCUACUGAUGGAAAGGCAAUGAUGGAGCUCCAAGGCAUUCUAGUAAGAUUUGGUUUUAAAAAUCAAUUACUAUAAUGCUAUUUUAAAAAAUAAUAAUAUAUAUUUUAUAAUUAUAUAAUACAUAAGAAUGUUUUGUUUUUUUCAAGAAUAAAAUGAAAAAGGCCAGAAGUGAAGAUGAUUUGUCAGUGUUUGAUGAUGAACCGAAAAUUGAUGAGAAUACAGAAUUGUUCCAGAAAUUCAAACAAAUCCAAUCAAAUAAAGGUACCGGUAGUAGUCAACAAUAAAAGUUAGCUAUUCAAUAUUUGCUUCAAAUGUGAUUUAAGUAUUAUGAUAAAACACACAAUUUUCUUGUUUUUGAGUUGAUGUUUUUUUCUUAUUUUUAAAUUUUAUUACACUUUAAAUUAUAAAAUUAAAUUACAGCUUCAAGUACUCCUGAACUUAUUGUGAUGAUUCAAAAUUGAAGCAUUUCUUACAUUUUAAUUUUUUAAAAAUAAUUUUAACAAAAAUAAGAUCAAAUUAAAUAUAAUUUUUAACCAAAAUAAAAGAGGGGCUGAUUCUUGCCAAAAGACUUUCAAAUAAUCUCUUCCAGUUCCAAUUAUUUCUUACAUUUGCUAUAAAUAGAAUUUUUUUUUAUAGUAGGUCCCAAACCUGCACCAAGACCUGCCCCUCGCAAGCUCUCUAUGAUUAAAGAUGAAGCAGAUGAAGAAAAAGCUUAAGUGAAAUUGGUAAAUCAUAGUCAGUAAUGGGGAAAAAGUCUUUUUUUUUUCAGUUUUUUUCCCAAUUAAAAAUAAGUUUAAGAAGUACAAUUAAUGCAUGACGACGUGUUCAGUAUUUAACUCCCCUUUAUAGGUAAAACAUUGCAGAAUAUUUAUUCACAAACAUGCAUAAUGUUACUCCAACGCAUCACCACUAAUUACUAUGCUAAGCUGUUUUUUUUCCCAUGCCAAUAAGACUUUGGGGGAAAGUGAUGAUACUGUAUGCAAAAAAAAAUCCAUUGAGAGACAACUCAAUAUCAGUUAACCAAGUUUUAAUCCUAUUGAUAAACAUUGUAAAUGGUCAAGUGAUCUAACCUUAUUACCAAACUCAAUAAAUGGUAAAGCGAUCUAACCUUAUUAACAAACUCAAUAAAUGGUCAAGCGAUCUAACCUUAUUAAAUUCAAUCAUCCACAAAAAUGCACCUAUCGUAUACAUGUCUCUGUGACCUCAAUUCAUCUUCCAUUACUUGAAGCAUCACAAUCUACCUUUAUAAACCUCUUCCCCCACCCCGAACCCAGGGGUCCUCAAUAGUGUAACUAGAAUCAUUGACUAAUAAUGUUGACUUAUUUGUUUUUGUAAAUAAAAAAAUUAAUUGAUUUAUCUCUAAUAUUCACAGGUGUGUUCUGAGCCACAUGAAUAUGAUGUUAUGGAUUGCAAUAAAAAAUCUUAUCAAAUUAGAAUUUGCUUUGACUUUGAAUAAAGUAAUUUAAAAAAAAAAAGAAAGAAC